AAAAUCAAAUCAAACUAUCGUCUCAUGUUAAACUUAUGUUAAACAACGUUAAUGUUAUGCCAGUUUCCUGUGAAUGGCCUGCUGCCAUUUUAGAAGAAGAAGAUUGUAAACAAAAAUGAAUUUGGAGCUGCUAGAAUCUUUUGGACAGAACUACCCCGAGGAGUUCGACGGCUCCCUAGACUGCAUUUCGCUGGCCGUGACUUGUGCCUUCAACAAGUAUGGAACCCUUUUGGCCGUAGGCUGCAACGAUGGCCGCAUUGUUAUUUGGGAUUUUUUGACGCGGGGCAUCGCCAAGAUUAUUUCGGCCCAUGUGCAUCCAGUGUGCAGUCUCAGUUGGACUAGGAACGGUCAUAAAUUACUUUCGGCUUCCACGGACAACAAUGUGUGCAUUUGGGACGUGCUGACCGGCGAACUAGAGCACAAGUACAGGUUUCCCUCGCCCGUGCUGAAGGUCCAGUUUGAUCCGCGCAAUGACAACCGACUUCUGGUAUGCCCCAUGCGAUAUGCCGCCGUUCUGGUGGAGAUCGGUGGAUCCCAUCGCUGCCUGCCGUUGGACACAGAUGGCGACUUGAACAUAGUGGCUUCAUUCGAUCGCAGAGGCAAACACAUUUACACGGGCAACGCCAAGGGAAAAAUACUCGUCCUGGAUGUGGACACCUUUGAAGUGGUGGCCAGUUUUCGCAUUAUCGUGGGUACUUCGAGUGCAACGGCUGUAAAGAGUAUAGAAUUUGCAAGACGUGGAGACGCCUUUCUUAUCAACACAUCAGAUCGAGUUAUUCGCGUUUACGACUCAAAGGAAAUUAUUACGUUGGGCAAAGAUGGCGAGCCGGAACCCAUACAAAAACUGCAGGAUUUGGUCAACAAGACAACCUGGAAGAAGUGCUGUUUUUCCGGCGAUGGUGAGUACAUUUGCGCUGGCAGUGCUCGUCAGCAUGCUCUCUACAUUUGGGAAAAGUCGAUUGGAAACCUGGUCAAGAUCCUUCACGGCACCAAGGGUGAGCUUCUCCUAGAUGUGGUGUGGCAUCCGGUGCGUCCCAUCAUUGCCAGCAUUAGCUCCGGACUGGUAUCGAUUUGGGCUCAAAAUCAAGUGGAAAACUGGUCCGCUUUUGCACCGGACUUCAAGGAACUGGACGAAAACGUUGAGUACGAGGAGCGGGAGUCGGAGUUUGAUAUUGCGGACGAAGAUAAGUCCGUAGAUCUCAACGCAGAUGCGCAACAGGACGAGGAGAUCGAGGUGGAUGUGCAGAAGGUGGAGCCUGUAGCUGCCUUUUGCUCAUCUGACGAGGAGGGCGAAGAUGAGAAUGCGCUGCAGUUCCUGCCAAUGGCGCCGGAGGUGGAGGAUCCCGAGGACGGCUGGGCUGGUCAGGAUGGACUCGAGGCCAGUGCUGUGUUGCUCAGUGCGGAUCCGCAUGACUACGAGGACGAUAUAAUGGCAUCCAAACGCCGACGCAUGGAGCCGUACAAUGUCAGCCUGCCUGACGCACCCAUAGACGAAACACAUCCCCUCAUCUCAAGCAAGGCUAGCAAAGACAAACAGCAGCCCGUGGGUGGAAAAAAGGGCCCGGGUCGUACCAAGAAAUAAACUUUAUUUGACUUAAA